UAAAGCAAUGGUAUCUGCAAAAUGGCCAGUUUUUAAGCUUAAAACUUAAUACAGCCAUCAUUGCUGCUCUACUGGUAAAAGAAACAACAAAAGUGGACACGAGUGCUACGGCCUGCCUGAUGUCAGCCAUGACAGCAAGAACCAUCAGCUCUCCGGAUAGCAGCUUGGGCCCAGCGCCAGAUGGACAGCCGCAGUCUCCUCUUCCUCCAGACCUGACAUCAUCUCCAACCGGUUUGGAUGAAACCUUUUCAGCAAACCCUGCAGUUGACCAGAGUCAAGGAGUAGGCACUACUACAUCUGAAGAUGAUGAACCAGCAUUUCCUCAUGCUGAGUUAGCCAAACUGGAUGAUUUGAUCAAUCGGCCAUGCUGGGUGGUCCCAGUUUUGCCAAAGGGUGAAUUAGAAGUUAUUCUUGAAGCUGCUAUAGAUCUUAGUAAAAAAGGACUUGAUGUGAAGUGUGAAGCAUGCCAGUCUUUUUUCCGAGAGGGCUUGACAGUUUCUUUCAGAAAAAUCCUUACAGACGAUGCAGUAAGUGGGUGGAAAUUUGAGAUCCAUAGGUGCAUAAUUAAUAAUACCCAUCACCUGAUAGAACUUUGUGUGGUGAAGCUUUCCCAAGACUGUCUUCCUCUCCUUGAUCUGCUUGCGGUGGCCUUAAACCCUCGCUGCAAGUUCCACCUCUAUAGUGGCACAUAUCCACCUGAAACAGUGCCCUCUGGAGGACAGCUAGUAGAAGAAGACAUUCUAUUUGCCCACCCAUCUAAUCCACAGUCACCAAAGGGCUGGUUAGUGGAUCUCAUAAAUAAGUUUGGCACAUUAAAUGGAUUUCAGAUCUUACAUGAUCGCAUCAUGAGUGGCCAUGCCCUAAAUGUUCAGAUUAUCACAGCUCUUAUUAGACCUUUUGGACAAUGCUAUGAAUUCUUAACAUCGCACACAGUGAAGAAAUACUUUUUACCAAUAAUAGAGAUGGUUCCACAAAUUUUAGAAAAUCUUACAGAUGACGAGUUGAAAAAGGAAGCAAAAAAUGAUGCAUUGUCUGUGAUAAUAAUGUCAUUGAAAAACCUGGCUUCAAGGAUACCAGGACAAGAGGAAACUGUGAAGAAUUUAGAAACAUUUAGAUUAAAAAUGAUUCUUAGAUUGUUACAGAUUUCAUCCUUUAAUGGUAAAAUGAAUGCCCUGAAUGAAGUUAAUAAGGUGAUUGCAAGCAUCUCCUAUUCUGCUCACCAUCAUGGCAAUGCAGAGGAAGUGGAGGAAUGGCUGACAGCUAAGAGAAUGGCAGAAUGGAUUCAACAAAAUAACAUAUUAUCAAUCUUACUAAGAGACAGUUUGCAUCAGCUGCAAUAUGUGGAGAAGCUUGAAAAAAUCCUACGAUUUGUAAUAAAAGAAAAGGCGUUGACUCUUGGAGAUCUUGACAAUAUCUGGACAGCUCAGGCAGGUAAACAUGAAGCAAUUGUAAAGAAUGUUCAUGAUCUUCUAGCAAAACUAGCUUGGGAUUUUUCUCCUGAACAGCUUGAUCAUCUUUUUGAUUGUUUCCAGGAAAGCUGGACAAAUGCAAGUAAAAAACAGCGUGAGAAACUUUUAGAACUGAUACGUCACCUUGCUGAAGAUGACAAAGAUGGAGUAAUGGCUCACAAAGUACUAAAUCUUCUUUGGAAUUUGGCACAUAGUGAAGAUGUGCCUGUUGACAUCAUGGACCAGGCACUUAGUGCCCAUAUAAAGAUUCUGGAUUACAGUUGUUCGCAGGAUCGGGACACUCAGAAGAUCCAGUGGAUAGAACGAUUCAUUGAAGAGCUCCACAGUAAUGACAAAUGGGUUAUCCCAGCACUGAAACAAAUAAGAGAAAUCUGCAGCUUAUUUGGAGAAUCACCAUCAGUUUUGAGCCAGGCCCAAAGGAGUCCCCGUGUAUUUUAUCGACAUGACCUAAUAAACCAGCUACAGCAUACCCAUGCUCUGAUUACACUAGUAACUGAAAACCUUUCUACUUACAUGGAAAGUAUAAAACAGUUUGUUAAAGUGCAUUCAGGAUAUGACCCACAGACUGUUAGAGAGGGUAGUCGGUACAGCCAUGUACAAGAAGUCCAGGAAAGAUUAUAUUUUUUAAGGUUUCUGCUGAAGGAUGGACAGCUUUGGCUUUGUGCACCAGAAGCCAAGAAAAUCUGGAAAUGCCUAGCUGAAAAUGCUGCAUUUCUUUGUGAUCGAGAGGCUUGCUUCAAGUGGUAUUCCAAGCUGAUGGGCGAUGAACCUGACCUCGACCCAGAUAUUAACAAGGACUUCUUUGAAAAUAAUGUACUGCAGCUUGAUCCUUCACUCCUUACAGAAAAUGGGAUGAAGUGCUUUGAACGUUUUUUUAAAGCAGUGAACUUUAAAGAGGGAAAACUUGUGGCAAAGCGAAGGGUUUAUUUGAUGGAUGACUUGGAAUUGAUAGGACUUAAUUAUCUUUGGCAGGUUGUUCUUCAUGGACUUGAUGAUAUUUCCAGCAGAGCUAUUGAUUUAUUGAAAGAAAUGUAUACAAACCUUGGACCAAAAUUGCAAGUUAAGCAGGUAGAGAUUCGCGAAGAUUUUAUCCAGUCUUGUUUUGAUCGAUUAAAAGCUUCAUAUGGCAUGCUAUCCAUAUUAAAAGGUGAAAAGAAUAAUAAUAAUUGUGCCAGAGAAGAAGCAAACCAAAUGAUACGUGUUUUGACUGUUUUGAGGGAGUAUAUCAAUGAAUGUGACAGUGAAUAUCGUGAAGAAAGGACAAUUCUUCCUUUGUUAAGAGCUUUUCGAGGCAAGCACAUAACACUUACAGUUCACUUUCCUAACCAACACUGCCAAAUAGAUGACCUGGAUGUUUGGUCUCAUACAAAUGACACCAUAGGGUCAGUAAGGAGGUUUAUUUUGAAUCGUAUAAAGGCCAAUACCACACAUACUACAAUAGACCUUUUUAUUGGUGGUGAACUUAUUGAUUCCAUGGAUGAUAAUAAAUUAAUUGGACAACUAAACAUUAAGGAUAAAACUCUUGUAACAGCAAAGCUUGUGCACAUGAACUCAGCUAUGCCAUCAAGUCUGGAUAGUUCUUCAGAUUCAUCUGUUGGCUCUACUGGAAAUAAUGGAAACCAUUAUAGUGAUAGUCCAAGCCCAGAAGCAGAAUGUUAUCUUCCAGGAGUGAUUAUGUCACUUCAUCAACAUUACAUAACCUUCCUCUGGCAAGUUUCAGACUUGGGUUGCAGUUUGAACAUGCCACUGCUGAGAGAUGGUGCUCGUGUGCUCAUGAAAAUAAUGCCUCCUGAUGAAACUACAGCAGCAGAACUGCAAGCUAAUUGCCUCAAUCACGCUAAGCAUGGUGAAAAAAGCCUGAGCCCAACUCUAGAUUCUCUGUUUUUCGGCCCAUCUCCAUCUCAGGUUCUCUACCUAACAGAGGUUGUUUAUGCUUUACUUAUGCCUGCAAGUGGAAUCUUGGGGAACGAUGCAAGUGACUUCCAAUAUAACUUCCUAAAAAGUGGGGGACUGACUCUUGUUUUGAAUAUGCUGACAAGAAAUAAUUUUAUACCAAGUGCUGAUAUGGAGACAAGGCGGGGUGCCUAUCUUAAUGUCUUAAAAAUUGCUAAAUUGCUGUUAACAGCAGUUGGGUUUGCCUAUGUAAAAGCAGUGGCAGAAGCUUGGCAUUCAGCUGUAGAAGGAGCACAUUCUGUAUCACAGGUUAGCCAGACUGCCCAUGAUCAAGCCUUAGUGCUUCAAAAUGCUUUGCAAAAUAUUCCAAACCCAUUCUCUGAAAACAUGUUGCGUAAAGUAGCCAUCCAGCUUGCCCAGCAGAUCUCAUGUGAGGCUGGCAUGGUUUCCUCUGAGCUCAGAGGUAUUCAGAAUUUUUUUGUGGCAUCAUCAUACAUCCCAGACAUCUAUGUGAUCAGAGCAAUACAGAAGAUAGUUUGGGCAUCUGGGUGUGGCACAGUGCAGCUUGUGUUCAGCUCAAAUGAUGAAAUCAGCAAAGUUUAUGAGAAGACUAAUACUGGAAAUGAACCUAAUGCAGAAGAUGAACAAGUUUGCUGUGAAGGACUGGAGGUUUUGGCGCUGUGCUUUGCAUUAAUACCGACAGCUUUGGAUGUACUUACUAAAGAAAAAGCAUGGCAGACCUUCAUAACUGAUUUGCUGCUACAUUGCCAAAGCAAGACUGUUCGUCAGAUUGCUCAAGAGCAGUUUUACUUAAUGGCUACAAGGUGUUGCAUGGGACGCAGUCCUGUACUAUUCUUUAUAACACUCCUGUUCACAGUUUUGGGGAGCACAGCAAACGAACGAGCAAGACAUGCAGGAAAUUAUUUUGUUUUAUUAAGGCAGUUAUUAAACUAUGCUUACAACAACAAAAUUAACUUUCCCAGUGCUGAAGUUUUUCUAAAUAAUGAAAUUGAAUGGCUGAAAAUGAUCAGGGAUGAAGUGAAAAGAACUGGAACAACUGGGGUUGAAGAAACUAUUCUGGAAGGUCAUAUGGGUUUAACAAAAGAACUUCUGGAUUUUCAGACCAUUGAAAAGAAGAUAUGUAUUGGUUGUGAAAAUGGAGGCAUCAAUUUAAUCAAGGAGCUGAUUGAUGACUUUAUCUUUCCAGCCUCAAACCUAUAUCUACAGUGGAAGAAGGGCUGUGAAUUCCCAACUGAGCAGGCCAUUGCUGUCUGUAGUUCUCCAGCCACUAUCAAUGUUGGUUUUGAGCUGCUGGUUGCACUUGCUGUGGGUUGUGCGCGAAACCUUAAGCAAAUUGCAGACACCAUAACUGAUAUGUAUUAUUCAGGUGGUGAAAAACUUACAGAAUGGGAGUACUUGCCACCAGUUGGUCCUCGACCUCUCAAAGGAUUUGUGGGCUUGAAGAAUGCUGGUGCCACUUGCUACAUGAACUCUGUCAUUCAGCAGCUUUAUAUGAUACCUGCAAUUAGAAAUGGAAUCUUGGCAGUUGAAGUCCCAUUUUGUGAUCGAGAAUAUGAGACAUCUGGGGAUGAAAAGCAGGAACAUGAGGAUAAAGGUGAUCUUCAUGAGGAGACUAAGUUUCAUCAGUACAAGGAGAAGUCCUUUAUGAGCAAAACAGAAGAUCGUAAGGCAUAUAAUAUAGGACUUCUGCAACAGCUACAAGUUAUCUUUGGUCAUUUGGCUGCCUCCAGGUUGCAGUAUUAUGUCCCUAUAGGUUUCUGGAAACAGUUCAGGUUAUGGGGUGAACCAGUCAACCUAAGAGAACAGCAUGAUGCACUGGAGUUCUUUAACUCACUGGUGGACAGCUUAGAUGAAGCUCUAAAAGCACUUGGCCACCCACCAAUGUUGAGUAAAGUUCUAGGCGGAUCAUUUGCAGACCAGAAGAUUUGUCAAGGUUGUCCACACAGGUAUGAAUGUGAAGAAACCUUUACAGCAUUGAAUAUGGAUAUCAGAAACCAUCAAAAUCUUUUGGAGUCACUGGAACAGUAUGUUAAAGGAGAUCUGUUAGAGGGUGCUAAUGCCUAUCACUGUGAAAAAUGUAACAAAAAGGUGGACACAGUGAAACGUCUUCUGAUUAAGAAGUUACCUCCAGUUCUUGCCAUACAGCUGAAGCGGUUUGAUUAUGACUGGGAAAGGGAAUGUGCAAUCAAAUUCAAUGAUUAUUUUGAAUUUCCACGUGAGCUGGACAUGGAGCCUUAUACUGAGGGAGGGGUGGCAAAAAUGGAAGGGGAUGACACAAAUCAUGUUGACCAGAAUGAAAGCACAGAUAAUACACAGCUAGAGAGCACUAAAUACAGACUUGUUGGUGUUCUUGUACAUAGUGGACAGGCUAGUGGAGGACACUAUUACUCAUACAUCAUUCAGAGAAAUGGUGGAGAUGGUGAAAAAAAACAGUGGUACAAGUUUGAUGAUGGAGAUGUGACAGAAUGCAAGAUGGAUGAUGAUGAAGAAAUGAAAAAUCAGUGCUUUGGUGGAGAGUACAUGGGAGAAGUUUUUGACCACUUGAUGAAGCGCAUGUCUUUUAGGCGACAAAAAAGGUGGUGGAAUGCAUACAUACUUUUUUAUGAGCGCAUGGAGGCUUUGGGUAAAGACAAUGAACUUGUUAUGUGUAUCGCACGACUAUCUAUAACUACAAAACCCCACCAAAUUAAGAUGCCAUCUACCAUAGAACAAAGUGUACGAAAACGGAACAUGCAGUUUAUGCACAAUCAUAUGCAGUACAGCCUGGAAUAUUUCCAGUUCAUCAAGAAACUUCUGACCUGUAAUAAUAUCUAUUUAAGUCUUCAAGCAGGACAAGAUCAUCUUUUGCCUGAAGCAGAAGAAAUGGCUAUGAUUAGCUGUCAACUUGCUGCCAGAUUUCUGUUUAGUACAGGAUUCCGUACCAAGAAAAUUGUUCGAGGACCUGCCAGUGAUUGGUAUGAUGCUUUGUGCAUUUUACUUUGUCGCAGUAAGAAUGUGCGUAACUGGUUUGCCUACAAUGUCCUUUUUGCUUAUCCAAGCCGCUUUUCUGAGUACCUUCUUGAAUGCCCAAGUGCUGAAGUGAGAGGAGCAUUUUCUAAGCUUAUUGUAUGUCUUGCACAUUUUUCUUUACAAGAUGAACUGUCAAAUUCUACAUUAUGUCCUUCACCGGGGCCUUCUGCUCAGGCUUGUGACAACGCAAGUUUAAGUGAUAACUUAAUAAAAACGGUUUUAAGUCUACUACGAAGAGAGGUGUCGGAGCAUGGGCGUCAUCUGCAUCAGUACUUUAAUCUGUUUGUAAUAUAUGCAAACCUAGGUGUGGCUGAAAAGACACAGUUGUUAAAACUAAAUAUUCCAGCAACAUUUAUGCUUGUAGCUCUUGACGAGGGCCCUGGCCCUCCAAUUAAAUGUCAGUAUGCUGAACUGGGCAAACUGUAUGCAAUUGUUUCACAGCUUGUGCGCUGUUGUGAUGUAUCAUCUCGCAUGCAGUCUUCAAUAAAUGGUAGUGUUCCACUUCCAAAUCCUUAUGGUGAUCAAAAUGUGCCUCAACCUAUCAUGCCAAUACAGCAGCCUGUAGCUGAAAUUCUUUUUGUUCGAGCUAGUUAUGUUAAAAAGGUUAUUGAAGACUGUAGCAAUUCAGAAGAAACAGUUAAACUACUCAGCUUUUGUUGCUGGGAGAAUCCACAGUUUUCUUUUGCUGUACUGAGUGAGCUCCUCUGGCAGGUGGCCUAUUCUUAUACAUAUGAACUUAGACCUUACCUGGACCUCCUUUUGCAGAUCAUGCUAAUAGAAGAUUCCUGGCAAACACAUCGGAUUCACAAUGUGCUUAAAGGCAUUCCAGAUGACAGAGAUGGAUUUUUUGAUACCAUUCAGCGUUCCAAAAACCACUAUCGAAAGAGAGCGUACCAGUGCAUUAAAUGCAUGGUUACCCUGUUUAGCAACUGUGCAGUUUCUUACCAGAUUCUGAAGAGUAAUGAUGAUUUGAAGAGAAAAUGGACAUGGGCAGUUGAAUGGCUUGGUGAUGAACUUGAGCAUAGACCCUACACUGGAAAUCCGCACUUCAGUUACAGCAAUUGGUCUCCACCAGUACAAAGCAAUGAAACGUCAAAUGGGUACUUUUUGGAAAGAUCACAAAGUGCAAGACUGACUCUGCAGAAGGCUUGUGAACUUUGCCCAUUUGAGGAUACAGAUGACCAGGAUUCUUCCCUAUCAGAGGAUACUGCCCUGUACACUCCCUCUCCGGGCUCUCAACAUCUGCAGAAUAACCACGUGCACAGUCAGCCAUACGUAGGCUCACCGGCUUCACAUAUGAGCAGCACUCCUUGACUGCCUUUUGCAGUUUUCUUGUGUUCAUGAAGUUGCCCCAUCUCAAACAACAGAAUAAAACUCCUACCUGUUGUCUUCA